AUGUCCACGUCCGGGCUCAUGUCUGCCAUGCGCGCCGCCGGCCGCCAGCAGAUCACCGUUUCCACCCUCCGCACGGCACCGGCAGCCGGCUCUCACGUGUUCCGGAUCGAGGAGUUCACACGACUCAGGGAGAAGACGGCCAAUGGCGUCGCCGUCAUGUCAAGCCCGUUUGGUGUCGGCGGCCACGACUGGCGUAUCAGGUUCUUCCCGAACGGCAGGAUCAAAGAUUCGGAGGGCCAUGUCUCUCUCCACCUCCAGCACGACAGCCACGCCAGGACCGGCGACGUCACGGCGACCUACAAGAUGAGCAUACUCGACAAGUCCUGGGAGCCGUCGUGCACCCAAAUAAUGGAGAAUCACCGCUUCGAGACAGACGAUGGUUACUGGGGCUGGAGAAAGUUCAUGAAACACAAAGAUCUUGAUCUUGACAGAGAGAAGUACCUCAAGGAUGACCGCCUCUCCGUCCUCUGCGACGUCACAGUCGACCUCGGGCUGCGAACCACCGAUGAGGCCCGAUCCCCCGUAUUUGAGUCUGAAAUCGCUCUCGCCCCGACAACCGGCGCCAACAUUGCUGAACUACGCGUCGACGGCAUGGACGCCGACGUGUGCAAGGCGCUGCUCAGGUUCAUCUACACCGACUCACCGCCGGCGCAGCUCGAGGAGGCACCGGCAACGACCGUGGAGCAGCUGCUCAUGGCGGCGGACAGGUAUGAGCUGGAGAAGUUGAGGGCCGCCUGCGAGCAGGCGCUGUGCAAGAAGAUCGACGUGAGCUCCGUGGCCACCGCCCUGGCGCUGGACGAGCGGUACGGCUGCCCGGCGCUGAGGAAGGCGUGUAUGAGGUUCCUCUCUUCUCCUGAUAACCUGGAAGCUGUGGCGGCGUCAUAUGAUGGUUUGGAGCAGCUCAAGACACUCGCCCCCUCUGUCCUGCUGGAUCUAUUCGACAAGAACAUGCCGUUGCGUGAGCAGCAACGGAUGCUCCGGACUAUCAGACUCGUGAUCGUCUCCUUUCCUUGGUCCAACCCGGCCGGCCGCACCAUGUCCACGUCCGUGAUCUUGUCGGCCAUGCGCGGCGCCGGCCGCCAGCAGAUCACCGCCUCCACCGUCCGCGCGAAGCAGGCAUCCGGCUCCCACGUCUUCAGGAUCGAGGAGUUCACACGAGCAAGGGAGAAGCUGGCCAAUGGCAUCGCCGUCAUGUCAAGCCCGUUCGGCGCUGGCGGCCACGACUGGUUCAUCAAGUGCUACCCGAACGGCGUUCCGGGAGGGGCGGGGAACCAUAUCUCGCUCUUCCUCAUGCACGACAGCCACGCCAAGACCGGCGAUGCCACGGCGGCUUACAAGAUGAGCAUACUCGACAAGGCCCUGAAACCAUCGUGCACUAAAUUCGAACAUGAGCGCCACUUCAGGGGUGAUGGAUGGGGCUGGACAGAGUUCAUGGGGCUCCAAGAUCUGGACAGGGACAAGUACCUUGUGGAAGACUGUCUGUCCAUCCUCUGCGACGUCACCACCACCGACGGGCUGCGUGCUGCGGCGGAGCCGCCGUUCGACUUGCGCGGCUUGCAACUCGCGGAGGCCAUCUGGAACAGGGAGACAGCGGACGUGACGAUCCACCUCGGGGACGGAGAGACGAUCGCGGCGCACCGGUGGGUGCUCGAGGCCCGGUCACCCGUCCUCAAGGCGGAUCUGGCCUUCGCCUCGAACACCACCGCUGACCAUCUGCGCCUGUUCGUGAACGACAUGGACGCCGACGUGUGCAAGUCGCUGCUCCGGUUCAUCUACACCGACUCACCGCCGCCGGAGCUCGAGACGGCGCCGCCAAAGAACGUGGAGCGGCUGCUCGCCGCAGCGGACAGGUUUCAGCUGGAAAAGCUGAAGCUCCUCUGCGUGGAGGCACUGUGCAAGAAAAUCGACGCCAGCUCCGUGGCGGCCGCCCUGGCGCUGGCCGAGCGGCACGGCUGCCCGACGCUGAGGGAGGCGUGCGCGCAGUUCCUCGUGAAGAACACGACGACACAUGAGCAACCAAUUAGUACCAGUGUAUUUUGA